CUCAAAAGCUGACACCAUGCCCGUCCCCAAAGCCGCUGCCCAACACAAAGUGUACCCCCGGCUCGCAACUCCGCAAAAACAGAGAGGCACUCGCGCCGGUCGGUUGCUCCGGCGAGAUAGAUCAUCUUACCCCGCCAUGGCCGAGGAGGCGCAGGCGCUGGGGUUGGCUCUGGGUCUGGGAGCGGAAAGCUCGCCGGGGACGACGACGGUCGAGGUGACUCGCGCGGGGGCGUCCAGGCGGCGCAGGUCACCCCAUCUGGAGCGCGCGCGCCGGCAGACCAUGUCCAUGCUCUUCGACGAGCUGGGCGCGCUGCUCCCCGACCUCCCCCAUCGGGCGUGCAGGGCGGACGUCGUCGACGGGGCCAUCGCGUACGUCAGGGCGCUGGAGGACACGGCCGCCGAGCUCGAGGCGCACAGGGCGAUGUCUGCCGGGCGGAGCCGCCGCGCACGCGGCGGCAGCGCCGAGGUGGUCGCGGCCGGGGAGACGUCGUGCUUCGCCGUCCGGCUGCGCGCGGCCAGGCCGGGCGCGCUCACGCGCGUGCUCCAGGUGUUCCAGCGGCACCGCGUGCCCGUCCUGGCGGCCACCGUCUCGCGGAACGGCGGGGAGGCUGCGGUCACGGUCACCACGGCCGUGGUGGCACCGGCGGUCGCGGGGAAGAUCGAGGCAGAUAUCAUUAGCAGCAGCAUGAGUGACGAGUCGUACUGAAUGAUCGAUCAGCUAUGUCGUCUUGGAUUCUCGUACUAUUAUCGUUCGGUCGGUGGAUGCAUCUCUCCUCGAAUUUUAACGCGUGCCUUCAGCACUCAGAAAACUGUUCCGUAUGCCACUAUGCUGUACAGAUCUGUUAAUUCCCAUUUACAUUAGAUUUAGCUAUGGCUCAUCCAAGUUAUCUAUCGCACGAUCAGGUUCUCUAAAUUUCGUGCAAAUACGUGAUCCCUGCGUUGGGCAUGGAGCCUGUUGUCCCCGUGUGCUAUGUAGGCUACGUUUUCUCUUCAUUCAAGUCAGAAUUGGAAGAAUCAA